UAUGUAUUAAUUGUGAAUGCGAUCCAAAUUCCAUUCUGUAGCCGGUGUUUUAGGAAUAGAAUUAAUUUAGUUAAACUUUUAUUUAAUAUAAAAUAUUCUUCUUAAAUUCGAUUACGCAGCUUCAUAAUGAGCGAUAUCUUGAAGAUAUCACAAGAGCGCUCACGUAAAAGAAAGCAAUUGUUGGCGCAAACGCUUGGACUCUCUAGCGUAGAUGAACUAAAAAUUGUGCUUGGAACAGCAGACGAAUGGAAUAGUGGAGCAGGAAGUAGUUAUUCCGGAUUUAGUGGGCAACGAAGUGUUGGUAGCGGCAGCAGUCGUGAAGAUGAAGGGGGAAGUGGGGGAAAAAAGACACCUGGGGAAAUUAUUUAUCGUGACUCUUCCACCUUUCUAAAGGGCACACAAUCAUCUAAUCCACACAAUGAUUACUGCCAACACUUUGUCGAUACUGGACAACGACCACAAAAUUUUAUUAGAGACGUUGGUUUGGCCGAUCGCUUUGAGGAAUAUCCGAAACUGCGUGAACUUAUACGUUUGAAAGACAAACUGAUACAGGAUACUGCCUCGGCACCAAUGUAUUUAAAAGCUGAUUUGAAAACGUUGGACUUGAAAACAUUAGGCACAAAAUUUGAUGUUAUAUUAAUCGAGCCACCGUUAGAGGAAUAUGCCAGAGCAGCACCAUCUGUAGCUACUGUGGGUGGGGCGCCACGAGUAUUUUGGAACUGGGAAGAAAUUCUAAAUCUGGAUGUGGGAGAAGUGGCAGCGCAUCGCUCAUUCGUAUUUCUUUGGUGCGGUUCUUCAGAAGGUUUGGAUAUGGGUCGAAAUUGUUUGAAAAAAUGGGGCUUCCGACGCUGUGAGGAUAUUUGUUGGAUUCGUACCAAUAUAAACAAACCUGGUCACUCGAAACAAUUGGAACCAAAAGCAGUAUUUCAACGUACCAAAGAACAUUGCUUAAUGGGUAUAAAAGGUACUGUACGCCGUUCAACAGACGGUGACUUCAUACACGCAAAUGUUGACAUCGAUUUAAUCAUAUCGGAAGAAGAUGAAUUUGGUAGUUUUGAGAAACCAAUCGAAAUAUUUCAUAUAAUUGAACAUUUCUGUUUGGGUCGACGACGUAUGCACCUAUUUGGACGCGAUUCCAGUAUACGACCAGGUUGGCUAACAGUCGGACCGGAACUAACCAAUUCCAAUUUCAAUGCGGAAUUAUAUCAAACAUAUUUUGCCGAAGCACCAGCUACGGGUUGCACUAGUCGCAUUGAAUCGCUGCGUCCGAAAAGUCCACCGGCUAACAGUAAAGCAUUACGAGGACGUGGACGCGGUUUUCCUCGUGGUCGUGGGCGACCGAGAUAAAUUUGUAAAGUUUUACUAAGUAUAACAGUGCAUAUUUAUUCCGUAAUACGUACACCUAUAUUUGUUUAAGUAGGUUUUUCAUAUUUUAUUUACUGCAACCAAUUGUGAAAGAUUUCAUUGACGCAUACUUAAGUAAAAAGUAAUUUCUUAAAC